GAAGCGACACCUCUGAUACGGUGAAAUUCUUUACCCUGCGGUAAUUCCGCGUUCACAGCCGACCAAACGCCUUCCUGCUUCGGCAGACUCUUGCCAAAUCCCUUUACAUCAUCCUAAGGUAGCGUUAGGAAAUCUUUAAAUCGUUUGUUGGCAGCGCAGAAUGGGAGACAUGACGGAGGAAAAGAACUUUUCUAAAGUUAUUUCUCAGAUAUUAGAAGGCGCGCCUGCUGCCAGGAGGGGUCUUACUGAUAACUACAGCAACCUCCUCCGAGUCGCAGAUUACUGCGAAAACCACUAUCUUCAGGCAGAGGAUCCAACCAAAGCUAUGGAAGAGGCCAAGGCUUUGGCUACCCAGUCACUGGCCAGUGUGACCUACCAGAUCAACAGUCUGGCUGGCACCAUGCUGAGGCUACUGGACUCACAAGCCAUGCAGAUCAAAGACAUGGAGUCUUCAGUCAACCUGCUGUCACUGGCAACAGCUAUACACUUUGAGAAGGUAGCCAGGAGAGAGAUCGGUGCUUUUACUACUCCCAAAACCAAGACUCGGUCCAAGCCUUUCACCCCACCGACUUCAAGCAAGGAGCCAGAAAUAAGCUACUCAAGAGUGCCCAUAUCAUACUCCAUCUUGGACUCCAUUGGGCACUGUUUUCAGGUCACUGAGCAGCAGCCCAGAUCAACAGCAGGGACCACAGACAGCAUACAGAGCACUAAAGACAUCGUUGUAUCCAAUUUCGGCAUCGCCGUGCCUCCACCUUCAGUCCCCACCUUGCAAACUGUCUCGAACGCCACCAACGACAGCCUACCUCCCCCGCCCCCUCCUACUGCCAGUCUAGAUCCCAAUAUGCCUGUUGCUCCACCACCACCACCACCUCCCCCUUCCUUCAUGGACACUGGCCUCCCUCCUCCUCCCUCCUUGACAUCACCCACAUGCUCCCCCCCACCUCCCCCUCCACUGUCAAAUGGCACGUACCUGCCUCCUCCUCCUCCUCCUCCUCCUCCU